AGUUUCGGGACCUCAUAGACCGAUAAAAUAUACUAUGAAUGAAUCCAUAAAUUGAAGGAUGAGAUGACAAUUUUAGUGUUGCACAAACUGUGUCAAAAAGAGUCCGUCCUUGUAUAUCUUUUCUCCAUCUCCUCUGUUUAUAUAAAUUUUCCAUGAACCGAUAGCAAACCACAAAUAAUUACAAAAUCCAAUCAAGAAAAUCCCAUAAACGAAGAACACACGAUGCAAAACUCACAACAACAAUCUGAUGAACUCCCUGUUACCACAGCCUCCACCACUACCAAACUACCCAAAAAACUCAGUCUCAUUCCUCUAAUUUUCCUGAUUUAUUUUGAAGUUGCAGGCGGUCCGUAUGGCGAAGAACCCGCUGUUCAAGCUGCAGGUCCGCUCUACGCAAUUCUCGGGUUUUUAAUCUUUCCGUUCAUAUGGAGUAUACCGGAAGCUCUUAUCACUGCGGAGCUUUCAACUGCAUAUCCUGGUAAUGGCGGGUUUGUUAUAUGGGCAGAUCGUGCUUUCGGUUCGUUUUUUGGAUCUUUGAUGGGCUCUUUGAAAUUCUUGAGUGGUGUUAUAAACAUUGCUUCGUUUCCAGUUCUCUGUAUUGAUUACAUGGAGAAGUUAUGGCCGGUAUUGAAUUCUGGCUGGCCUCGUAAUGUUGCAAUAUUUGUUUCAACUUUGGUUUUAUCUUUUCUUAACUAUACUGGCUUAACCAUUGUUGGAUAUUUUGCUGUUUUUCUGGGAGUGGUUUCGCUUUUGCCGUUUAUAAUCAUGUCGGGGAUCGCGAUUCCGAUGAUUAAACCGCAUAGAUGGAUUAGUUUAGGCCAAAAAGACGUUAAGAAAGAUUGGACUUUGUAUUUCAAUACGCUUUUCUGGAACUUGAAUUUUUGGGAUAAUGUUAGUACUUUAGCGGGCGAAGUCGAAAAACCUCAAAAAAUAUUUCCUAGGGCUUUAUUUGCUGCUGUGAUCUUCACUUGUGUGUCGUAUUUGAUCCCCCUUGUGGCCGUAAUUGGCGCUGUUUCGGUGGAUCAAAGAGAAUGGGAAUCCGGGUUUCAUGCGACAGCAGCGCAAUUAAUUGCUGGGAACUGGCUUAAGUAUUGGAUUGAGUUCGGUUCUGUGUUAUCCGCAGUUGGAUUAUUCGAAGCUCAAAUGAGUAGCAGUGCGUAUCAGCUUCUCGGUAUGGCUGAAUUAGGGUUUCUACCGCAGUUUUUCGCUAAGCGUUGUAAGCGGUUCAAUACUCCAUGGAUAGGGAUAUUACUCUCAACUUUGAUCACAAUCGGGGUUUCGUACAUGGACUUUACGGAUAUAAUUUCAUCAGCUAAUUUCUUGUACAGUUUAGGUAUGCUAUUGGAAUUCGCAUCGUUUCUUUGGCUGCGGAGGAAAUUGCCGGAACUGAAAAGGCCGUACAAGGUACCGAUGAAGCUGCCGGGGUUAAUUAUAAUGUGUUUGAUACCAUCAGUGUUUUUGAUACUUAUAAUGGCCGUAGCUACUAAGGUAGUUUAUUUGGUGAGUGGUUUGAUGUUUGUGGGAGCCAUUGGAUGGUAUUUCUUAAUGAAGCUGUGCAAGUCAAAGAAUUGGUUCCACUUUAGCAGAUCAGCUGAAAAUGUUGAACAAAGUUGACAUAUUUAUGAUUGUAAUAAUUGCUGGGAAGCAAUUUAAGGCAUUAGUUUAUCGUUCAAACAAAAAUAUUAGAAUUAGCUUUGGUUAGUAUCAUAAUCCAAAAUUUAGUGGAUUUGUUUCGAUAUAAAAAAUCUUGAUAUCCUCAAUAUUUUUA